GGAUUCAUUAAAUACCUCAAGCUCCUAGUAUCUCCCUAUAUAUACACACAAUAUAGCCAAUUCACUAAACAAACACCAUAACAUAACACAGAUAAAACAAAAUGAAAACACUCCACUUCUCUUCUUCUCUCCUGUUCCUGUCAGUUCUUUUCCUCUCAUGUGCGUUUCUAAUCUCACCACAGUCUCCCUCACCGUCCCCUUCUGAGCUUCCGUCACAGCCACCUUCCGUGCCUCCAUCACAGUCACCUUCUUUGCCUCCGACACAGUCACCUUCCUUGCCUCCGUCUCAGCCACCUACCUUGCCUCCGUCUAAGCCACCUUCUUUGCCUCCUACACAGUCAACUUCGGACGCUUGUAAGUCAACUCCAUACCCAAAGCUCUGCCGUACGAUCCUCUCCGCCGUCAAAUCCUCACCGUCCGACCCCUACAGCUACGGCAAGUUCACGAUCAAGCAAUGUCUCAAACAAGCGAGCCGCCUCUCAAAAGUCAUCAACGGGUACGUACGCCGCGUGAGAAGCAAACCCGGCUCCAUGACGGCCGAGGAAAUAGGCGCGGUGGCGGACUGCGGCGAGUUAGCUGAGCUGAGUGUGAGCUAUCUUGAAACCGUCGCGGCUGAGCUCAAAAUGGCUGAUAUGAUGACGGCGGCGCUCGUGGAGCAUGUGAACAGUCUUUUAAGUGGUGUGGUGACGAACCAGCAGACGUGUCUUGACGGACUAGUGGAGGCCAAGAGUGGUUUCGCCGCCGCGAUUGGAUCGCCGAUGGGGAAUCUCACUCGCCUUUACAGUGUGUCGUUGGGGCUUGUGAGCCACGCGCUUAACCGUAACUUGAAGAGGUUUAAAGCCUCUAAAGGGAAGAUUCUUGGUGGUCGUAACUCAACCUAUCGCGAGCCGCUCGAGACUUUGAUUAAGGUUUUACGUAAAACAUGCGACAAUGACAAAGAUUGUCGGAAAGCUGCCCGGAAGCUGGGUGAGCUUGGGGUGACUAGCGGCGGUUCCAUCCUUGUCAGUCAAGCGGUUAUCGUCGGUCCAUACAAAUCCGACAACUUCACAACCAUUACUGAUGCAAUAGCAGCAGCACCUAAUAACGCUAGACCGGAGGAUGGUUACUUUGUCAUAUACGCAAGGGAAGGUGUCUACGAAGAAUAUAUCGUUGUUCCAAUCAACAAAAAGAAUUUAUUGCUUAUGGGAGAUGGAAUCAAUAAGACGAUCAUUACGGGGAACCAUAAUGUUGUUGAUGGUUGGACUACGUAUAAUUGCUCGAGCUUUGCGGUGACUGGAGAACGGUUCAUGGCAGUUGAUGUUACAUUCAGAAACACAGCUGGACCUGAGAAGCAUCAGGCCGUGGCCUUGAGAAACAAUGCGGAAGGAUCCACUUUCUACCGGUGUAGUUUUGAAGGCUAUCAAGAUACUCUCUACGUCCAUUCUCUUAGACAGUUCUAUCGCGAAUGCGAUAUAUAUGGUACCAUCGAUUUUAUAUUUGGAAACGCAGCUGCAAUCUUUCAAAACUGCAAUAUAUAUGCUAGAAAACCAAUGGCAAAGCAGAAGAAUGCAAUUACAGCCCAUGGAAGAACCGAACCAAACCAAAACACUGGAAUCUCUAUCAUCAACUGUACCAUCAAAGCCGCACCAGAUCUAGCAGCUGAUCCUACCUCAACCAUGACGUUCCUAGGACGGCCAUGGAAGCCUUACUCAAGGACGGUUUUCAUGCAAUCAUAUAUUAGUGACAUUGUUCAACCAGUGGGAUGGCUCGAAUGGAAUGGUACCACUGGAUUAGACACGAUUUACUACGGCGAGUAUGAUAACUUCGGACCAGGGGCAAAGACAGACCGGAGAGUGCAGUGGUUAGGGUACAAUUUAUUGGACAUGGCACAAGCGAUGAACUUCACGGUUUACAACUUUACCCUGGGAGAUACUUGGUUGCCUCAAACCGAUAUUCCAUUCUAUGGUGGUUUGGUUCGCAAAGAAUGAUAAUCACAUCAUAUAAGAUAAUUUUUAUAUAUGCACUUCCUCAUUUAAUUAUAAAGCAAUAAAUAUUCAUUUCUUCUAAGUAUUGGAGUCUUGA